CUCGGCGGCGAGUUCGCCAGCUACGGCAUGGACGUGCUGAAGUUUCUGGACAGCGAUCCGGCGGUCCGCGUCGACCCCAUGUCGAAGGUCUUCCCCAAGAUGACCAAGUGCACCUUCCGCAAGUUUGGCCCCAGCGGUGAUGUCCAAAACUUCGCCAGCGUCCUCUACCGCGUCAUGGUCAUCGGCUGGCCGGGCAGUCGGGAGUUCCUCCUCGCACGCAUGCACAACCUCGCCGACCCGGAGAAGGUGAAGACGAUAGUGCACUACAGCAACUACAGCGACUGGUUCCUCAUCUACCUGCUCAAUGAAAACCUCGACAAGAUGCACUACCGCGAGGUGCUCAGCAGCCUGGCGCAGGAACUGCAGAACCCCACUCAGCAGAAGCGCAUCAACGGGAUCAACGGAAAGGAUGACGAUGAUGAUGAUGACGACGAUGAUGAUGAUGAUGACAUCGAUGGAAGUGAGAAAGACAGCGGCGUUCUGGAGAAGCUGAAGGACGCCGAGACCAAUGUCUAG